AGGGGCAGGUUACCUGUGAAUCUCCUGUGGGCCUCAUGAAGGCGGACCGAACAGUCUGUUAGCACCGAGUCUGCUCUAUGAGAAGGAGGGCUAAUCAAAACAAAGAACCCUUUGACUAGGGGCGAAAGAAGGGAUCUGUACAACUCCUCGCUGCUAUCUGGAUCCAGCAGCCAGCAGGCCAGGAGUUUCUGAUCUUUGAACAUCAACUGAUCUGCUGAGGAGAGUGGAGAGGGAGCGCCUAGGGUGUAAAUCUCAGUCUUUAUCGCCUAGACUUUGUCCUGCCCACCACAAGGACAACAACUGAUUCCAUUCUUGAGAAGGAACCAAAAAUCUUAUCUGUUAAUGAAUCAUUGGUUCACGUUUUAUGGUACCUCACUUAAAAUGUGUGCUAUGGAAUGCUGCUCUCGUUAGUUUUCCGACCUCAGUGUCCUUCUGAUCACUGCUCUGGCAUCAGCUUUCUGAAAUCUCUCUCAAAUUAGAGAAAAUAACCAAACAAAAUAUGGGGGAGCCUUUUCUUAGGGAUCUUUUACAGUUCUACGGCAGCAACGAUUCACUCUCUACGACAAACCUGGGAAACUUUCUACAGCUCAUCUCCUCCAGACGACCACCAGCAUCCAUUGACAAUGAUGCCAAUCCACUAAGGAAUGAGGAGUGUUUGUCUCUGCCAGAACUGCUGGCAGUCUUUGGCCUGAGUAAUGUGUCUGAAGUCACUGCUGAUCAGCUACACCUCAUGUGCCCAGCAGUUCUCACUCAGGUCCUCCUGCCCUCCUGCCCUUUUACGCCUCCUCUCACCCAAACCAUUGACUCUCAAGUUUGGGGUUAUAGCUUCCUGGCUGUGACUAUAAUUAACUUGGCUUCUCUGUUGGGGUUACUUUUGGUUCCCUUCACUAAGAAACCCUACUUCCCAAAAGUUUUAACCUACUUCAUCGGGGUGGCCAUAGGAACCUUAUUCUCUAAUGCUGUUCUCCAACUUAUUCCUGAGGCUCUUGGGUUCGAUCCGAAAGCUGAUGACUACAUAUUGAAUGCUGUUGGGAUUUUUGGCGGAUUCUACCUCCUGUUCUUUACCGAAAAGGUUUUAAAAAUGGCACUGAAAGCAGAUUCAGCGGAUUGCCACAGUCACUUCCCUUCCUCGCAGACCACUGAUGAGAAUGCCACCCACUUCAGCAAUGACCUUGUCAUAAGCAACAUCAGCAAUAAUGUCAACCCAAACAUCAACCAUGAGAUUAUUCCAAACGGCCCCAGGGAGAAGCCAAGCAACUUAAGCCCAGUUGUGAACCCAGUUGUCAGCCCAGUCAAUGAACAGGAUGCUUGUGUAGUGUUGUCUUGUCGGUGGCUGCGAGGGGAACAUGUUUCGAACAUAAAAACUGUGGCUUGGAUGAUCACACUGAGUGACGCAUUGCAUAACUUCAUAGAUGGACUGGCCAUUGGAGCCUCUUUCACGCUUUCUCUCAUCGCUGGCUUCGGUACCUCAAUUGCAAUCUUCUGUGAGGAGUUCCCUCAUGAGAUAGGUGACUUUGUGAUUCUGUUGAGCUCUGGUAUGAGUGUACCUCAGGCUGCAUUUUUUAACUUGAUGUCGGCCAUGUGCUGCUAUCUGGGCUUAGCGCUGGGCAUCCUGCUGGGAAGCAACUUCGCUCCAAAUGCCAUCUUUGCCAUUGCCGGUGGAAUGUUCCUCUACAUCUCUCUGGCAGACAUGUUUCCGGAAAUGAACAACAUAACGAUGGAACACGCUAAAAGCUCCACAGACAAGGUCAUAUUCUUCCUGUUGCAAAAUGGCGGCAUGCUGACGGGAUUUGCAAUCAUCCUCCUCAUCACCAUGUUUGCUGGAGACAUCAGUCUGGGAUAGUUUUGACUGAGUGUACAGGAAAAAACAACCAUCACUUCAUUCUUCAUUUCAUCCUUGGGACUAAAUAUUUGAUAGCAGAAGUGAACUAUUUAUAUACUUUAAGACUUUUUUUUUCUGAAAAGUCAACCUGCAAUUUUUUAUAUUUUUAAAGACACUCCACAAUAGAAGUUUUAAUUUUUUAUUUACAAACUUUUAUGCAUUGUGUAAUCAUUGAUAUAAUCAGUGUCAUUAGAACUGUCUAAAGGGAAAUUUACUGACUUUGGUUGCUGUAUAGUGGUGGUGAUGAGAACCAGGGGUUGCAAUGUUUGCCAUGCAAAUACCGACAAAUUAGCUCUGUACUACCAGUGAACUGCAUGCCAAAGGUCAUGCAAUGAAAAUGUAUCAUAAAGGACUACUACAGAUGACGCAUACACCUGUAUAUGUUAAACACUUCACAGUUUAAGCAAGGCCUGCUAAAAAAUGCACAGUGCAGUGGAUGGUUGUGAUCGUGACUGCUGGCAUCUGGCUAGAAUUGUCCUUGCAAAGCAUCAAAUGACUCAUCCACAUUCAAUGCAGGAGGCCCCACACACAUAUCGCACAGGUCAGUGCAGAGUUUUUAGCUUUCAUGGAACAUGGCAAAAGCCAUGGGACACAAUAUUAGUUCCUGUUUAAUAACAUUUGGGAUGUCAGUGUUUGUUGAUGGUAAGGUGAUAAAAUAAUGUGGGGGAAAAAGAAGUCAUUUCAAUGACAACACUGCAUGAAUACCUCCCUGAAUUUGUAGCUUUUAGUAGCAAUAAAUAUUUGUAUUUAUCUGGUUCCCGUCACCACUCCUUUUUUACAGUUCUCAAUAUUCCUGUUUCUGUAAAACAGCUAACUAUAAAUCAAAUCAAACAUAAUUGCUUAAUGUAUAUCUCAGUGAUUUAAUUCUGCAGAAAUUAUGAGAACUUGUACACCAUCAUGUAUCUCAGCAUGUGGAGCUUUUGUAUGACUGUAUAAAGAAAGCCAUCAUAACUUCCUGCUACUCUGUUGCUCUGAUCUGAGUGUGUGGUGAUCUGUGACUGUCUGAUUGAAACAAUGUACCAUUGAAUGGGUUCUGCUGUGUCAGAGACAGCCUUGCACAGCCAGCAGCUUCACAGAAGGAACCUUUACGAAGUGAGACAUAAUAUGAACAUUUUUGUAUUAUUGUGGAAAAAGAUGUGAUUGAUUGACUGCUGAUCCAUCCAGACCUGUCAUAUUUACUCAUUCUUUUAAACAAUAUAUGGUACCUGGAAAAAUUGCAAUAAAUUACAUUUUUGUUGUUUUCA